AUGUCCUUCUUGAGGAGAGCUGUUUCUGGGCACUCUUAUGGCCCCAAAACAUUUGGGAGAAUGGGAUUGCUGAAUGGUUCAAUUAUGCCUAUUCUCACAACACAACGACAAGUUCAUGCCUCUUCUGUCCUUAGAACGUAUGAGGAAGAGAAAGCUGUUUUGGAUGAAAUUGCCCCAAGACUCACUGAAAGGGAUCUAGAAACCUCGAGAAAGUUGCGUAACAUCGGUAUUUCUGCUCACAUCGACUCAGGUAAAACUACUUUCACGGAGCGCGUUCUUUUCUACACCGGGCGUAUCAAGGCUAUCCACGAAGUUAGAGGCCGUGACAACGUUGGAGCUAAGAUGGACUCUAUGGACCUUGAGAGAGAGAAGGGCAUUACAAUUCAGUCGGCUGCAACCUAUUGUUCUUGGGACAAGGACGGCCAGAAUUAUCAUUUUAACCUGAUUGACACACCAGGCCAUAUCGACUUCACUAUUGAGGUUGAACGUGCUUUAAGAGUUCUUGAUGGUGCAGUUUUGGUUGUUUGCGCCGUUUCAGGCGUUCAAUCCCAAACUGUUACAGUGGACCGUCAAAUGAGGAGAUAUAACGUGCCAAGAGUCACUUUUAUCAACAAAAUGGACCGCAUGGGAGCUAACCCCUUCAGAGCUAUCGAACAGAUCAACAAGAAACUCAAAACGCCCGCUGCUGCAAUUCAAGUCCCAAUCGGUGCCGAGUCAGAGCUGAAGGGUGUCGUCAACAUUAUUGACCGUGUUGCUCUUUACAACGAGGGCGCAAACGGCGAGCAAAUCGUAGAGGGCCCAGUUCCAAAUGAGCUUAAUGAGUUAGUGGAAGAGAGAAGAGCAAUGUUGAUUGAAACGCUUGCCGACGUGGACGACGAAAUUGCAGAGAUCUUCUUAGAAGAGCAGGAGCCUUCAACUGAACAAAUCAAGGCAGCUAUCCGUCGGGCUACGAUUGCCAGGAAAUUUACACCUGUUUUGAUGGGUUCUGCGCUGGCCAAUCGAAGCGUGCAGCCUGUUUUGGAUGCUAUCGUCGAUUAUCUACCCAACCCAUCAGAGAUUCUUAACACUGGCUUGGAUAUUGCAAACAACGAAGCUAAAGUUAACCUCGUUCCUUCGGUACAAGAGCCCUUUGUCGGCCUAGCUUUCAAGCUGGAAGAAGGCAAAUAUGGCCAACUAACCUAUAUUCGUGUUUACCAAGGCCGUUUGAGAAAGGGAGGCUAUAUUACUAACGUGAAGACCGGUAAGAAAAUUAAGGUGUCCCGUUUGGUGAGAAUGCAUUCUAACGAUAUGGAAGAUGUUGAUGAGGUCGGUUCAGGCGAAAUCUGCGCCACGUUUGGUAUUGAUUGCGCUUCCGGUGACACUUUCACGGAUGGAACUUUGCAGUACUCCAUGUCUUCCAUGUAUGUCCCAGAUGCCGUUAUCUCUCUCUCGAUCACUCCUACAUCUCGAGACUCUACCAACUUUUCCAAGGCUCUGAAUCGUUUUCAAAAAGAGGACCCCACCUUUAGAGUUAGAUUUGAUGCCGAAUCGAAGGAAACUGUUAUCUCCGGUAUGGGCGAGCUUCACUUAGAAAUCUACGUCGAAAGGAUGAGAAGAGAGUACAACGUUGAUUGUGUAACUGGUAAGCCACAGGUUUCCUACCGUGAGUCUAUCACUAUUCCUGCUGAGUUUGACUACACACACAAGAAACAGUCGGGUGGCGCAGGUCAAUAUGGACGUGUUAUGGGCUCAUUGAGUCCGUUAGAAGGGUCAAAUGGUAACAAAUUUGAGACAGCUAUAGUUGGAGGCCGCAUUCCUGACAAAUAUCUAGCAGCAUGUGGUAAGGGAUUCGAAGAAGCUUGCGAAAAAGGUCCUUUGAUUGGCCACAAGGUUUUAUCAACACAUAUGUUGAUCAACGAUGGUGCGAUUCACGCUGUUGAUUCCAACGAGUUGGCAUUCAAAACUGCAACAAUGGCAGCUUUCAAAGAAGCGUUUUUGGAAGCCAAGCCUGUUAUUCUGGAACCAGUUAUGAAUGUUUCUGUCACGGCACCUAACGAAUUCCAAGGUAAUGUCAUCAGUUUGCUAAACAAACUACAAGCUGUCAUUCAAGAUACCGAAAACGCACAAGAUGAGUUUACAAUCAACGCCGAAUGUUCUCUCAAUACUCUUUUCGGGUUUGCCACGUCGCUUAGAUCUUCGACGCAAGGCAAGGGCGAGUUCUCACUGGAAUUUAAGCACUACUCUCCAACGUCUCCUCAUCUACAAAGACAACUUAUUGCCGACUUUGAGAAGAAGCAGCAGCAGAAGAAGUAG